CUCGAGUAUAAAAAUCUGACCCACGCGUCUCCGUAGAAUCGACGCAGCAAGAUGUCUACCAAGCUAAUCCAAGUGACCCUGUACGAUAUUCCAAACAAGCUUCCGGACUCUCCAGGGUCUGCAAAUACGUGGCGAACGAGAUAUUCCCUAAAUAUGAAAAAAGUACCAUAUCAAACUGUUUAUGUCGAACUUCCCGACGUCGAAGCCCUCGCCAAGCAGAUUGGUGCUGCUCCUACUGGCACCAGACACGACGGAGUCACGCCCUUGUACACGGUGCCCAUCAUCCAGGACCACGCCACUGGCGCCGUCGUAUCAGAGUCUGCUGCUAUCGCAGCAUAUCUCGACAAAACAUAUCCUUCUGGACCUACACUUGUCCCUGCCGGAACAAUGCCACUACAGCUCGCGUUCCGCGACGCGGUGUCUGACGUACUAUUUGGUCCAUUUCGCGGGUUCGUGAUCGAAGGUAUCAUGCCAAAGUUGACCGAUAGGACGGCAGAGUAUUGGAAGGGUAGGUUAGCGAGGCAGGGGGUGAGCCUUGAGGCCUUGUUUGAUGGGGACAAGGUAAAGGCGUGGGAGAAGGCCAUGGCUAGUUUGAGGACACUCGACAAGUGGUUCGAAGGGAACGAGGGGCCAUUUAUUAUGGGGAGUGAGCCGUGUUUUGCGGAUGCUGUUCUCGCAGCGUUUCUGAGGCACUGUCGGAUGGCUUUGGGGAAAGACAGUAAGGAGUGGAGAGAUGUUGGCAGCUGGAAUGGAGGGAAGUGGGUGAAGUACCUGGAUAGCUUUUUGCCAUACGAAGCUAUUCUUUGAUAUUAUUGUUCUCGGUUUCAUAGUACUCGUUCGUGUCCUGUAAAAGGUUGUGUAAAUCCAUUAACCGUGGUCUACUAAGGUUGGGC